AUGAUUACAAAAUUAGAAUCCGAAUAGAUUUAAGUUUAAGUCAAAGUUGAUAAGGCUAAUUAUAGAGCAGGUGAUGUAAUAAAGGGAGUAAUCUAUUUAAAGGUUAAAUCUUAAGAUCUUGAUUGUAGCAUGUUAUUUCUAAAGGUACGUAACAGCUAAUUAAUUUUUAGUUAAUUGGAGUGUAGAAGGUUAACUAAUAUGAUAAACGAAAUUAGUGUUUUAGAUUUAAGGACAUUUUUUAUAGCAAACAUAAAUGGCUAUGCAAUUUUGGAUCGUAAUUCUUAAUUUGAUCUUAAAGUCAUUUAACAUAAGGGAUUUAUAAAAGAUAAUUUGAAGUAUAAUCUCCUCAAGAAAUUCCUACUUUUUGUAUAAAUUAUUACAAGACAGUGUAAUGCAGACUUAUGUACAUAUUGUCACUUUACUUUACUGAUGAAACAUAAUAAAAUGUUUACAAGAUAGACAAUUCUCAUAAAAUAACUAUUAAUAUUUAUCACACUCCUCCAAUUCCAGAAAUGUAAUCAAUUUGCUAUGUUGGUGAACAAAGAGAAUUAAAAAAACUAGGUUUUCUUAACGGUGGAGUAUAAUAAUCAAUUAUAUUCAAUAGAGUUCUUAGAUAUCUCUUUAGAUUAAUAAAUAAGGUUUCAUGAUAGGCGAAUAUAUUGAUAUUAAUCUAGAAGUAGAUAAUACUAAUACUGAUUUAAACUUAUUAAAUUUAGCAUUUUCCAUUUAAUCUCAAUUGAUAAUUCUUUAUCCUGAAUUAAAGUUGAAGAUAUCAAAUCAUUUUGGAUUAGCUAAAUCAUAACAUAAUAGUACUUAAUAAAUAUUUUAUUAUAGUUGUUGUUAAAGGAAGAUCAAAAAGAUAAUUAGAAUUUAAGUUAAAGAUAGAUUAAGAUAAAAGUGACCCUAAAUCUAUAUUUCCUCAAUCUACAUUAUAUUCUGAUCGAAUUAUUUAUCAUUAUAACUUCUGUUUAAUUGCAAAUUAUUCACAAAACUUUUAUAAUUCGAAUGAAUUAACUAUUGCAAUUCCUAUCAGCGUUUUUUAAGAACAAACAAGACAACUAUCAUCAAAUCCUUUGGAUUGUACAAUUAAUAAUUAAAAGGCUAUGUUUUCAGACCAUAAUAUUGAUGGAUAUGGACCUUAAGACGGAGUUCCUGAUUCAUUAUAAAAUUAUAAUGUUCAACAUAGUUUUGAUGAUGAUGAAUUUUAAGAAGAAAAUACAUCUCCAUAGAAUUUUAAUAGAUAAAGUCUUAUUCCUGAUUAUGAAGAAUUAGAAAAUGAAUUUGAAACAGUUUAGGCUUCUUAAUAACAAUAAUUUAAUUAAUGUAAUUAAUAAGAUAAUUAUACUAAUAAUGAAAAUGAAGGUUUUAUUAUAAAAAAAGUUACUGCUUUUAAUGAAAAUCUAGAUAUUAUUUAAGAAGAAAAUGAUGAUAAAUUUAAUCAUUCUGUUAAAAGAUCUUUCGAUCAAUCAAAUAAUGAUCCUAAAGUAGAUUAAUAAAUUGUAAAUGAUACUAUUUUUAAAUGA